AAACUCGACAACUAGUGGCAAAUCGCAAACUUACAAAAUGGAUUCUUCAUUUCACCAAACCUAUUAAUACUAUUAAUGAUACUACUUUUGAAGAUUUUCUUAAUUACUUAAAUCUGAACUACAAAUUACCAAACGAAAAAAAUCUCAAACUUUUAAUUCAUCAAGCAUAUGAUUGGACUGAAGGAUCGAUGAAAGAACUUCUUUUAUCUUUCACUAAGUACAUUUCACUCACCACUAAUUUAUGGACAUCUCGUGCCAAACAAGGAUAUAUUGAAAGACUUCAAACAAUCCAGACUUCCUUAAACUAUUCAAAAAUUUUAGGUGUAGUUUGUGAUGUAAGCACUCAUUGGAAUUCAUCAUAUUUAGUAUGGGAUCAAUUACUUUAUUUAAAAGAUGCAAUUGAUCAAUUGGCAAUUGAUUUAUCACGAGAUCAAGAUAGUACAAUAAAAAAAGAUGGAUGUUGUCUUAAAAAAAUUAAUCUUAUGGAUGAUGAAUGGAUCUUUAUGAAACAUUUGAUUAAUUUACUUGGAUUAUUUAAAGAAGUCAUCACUUUUUUAAGUGAUAGUAUCUAUGUGACACUUAGUCUAAUGCAUCCUAUCAUUUCUGAAUUACAAAAAGUAUUUGAAGAUGAAACUUUAUUAGUAUUAUCAAAAGCUGUAGAUUUUGCUAUAGAUACGAUCAUAUUAGAUAAUGAAGAUGAACAAGAAUUUGUUGAACAACAAGAAAAUGACGAAGAAGAAGUUAUCAAUCCUAUAACUCAAAAUCAU